GCUUGAUGAUUACGUCACUGCGGUGAUUUCCCCAUGGCAGAGAAAAUUCUGGAAUUUGAAGUCUUCGCUUGACUUUCUUUUGCGGCAUCAACGUGUUGCUUCCACUAAGGUUAUCAUCUCAAGGCAAACAUGGUGAAGGAAACAGGCUUCUAUGACACAUUGGGUGUGAAACCAAUUGCGACCCCCGAUGAAUUAAAAAGGGCUUACCGCAAACUCGCUUUGAAAUAUCAUCCUGACAAGAAUCCAACAGAAGGAGAGAAGUUCAAACAAAUCUCACAAGCAUACGAGGUGUUGUCAGAUGCCAAGAAAAGAGAGAUUUAUGACCGUGGAGGCGAAAAGGCCAUAAAGGAAGGAGGACCUGGUGGUGGCAGUGGUGGAGGAGGAAGCUUUGCAUCACCAAUGGACAUCUUUGACUUGUUCUUUGGAGGCGGGAGUCGGAUGCACAGAGAGAGAAAAGGGAAGAACAUAGUGCACCAGAUUUCAGUAACACUGGAAGAUCUUUACAAUGGAGCCACAAGAAAACUUUCUGUCCAGAAGAAUAGUAUUUGUGAGAGAUGUGAAGGUCGUGGCAGUCGUAAAGGCGCAGCCCAGAUGUGCAUGUCAUGCCACGGUACGGGCAUGCAGGUGCGUGUACACCAACUAGUGCCAGGUAUGGUCCAGCAGGUGUCCACAGUGUGUCACGGCUGUCAGGGCCAAGGACAGCGGAUCAGUCAGAAGGACCGCUGCAAGGCGUGCGGGGGUCGGAAGAUGUUGCGACAGAAGAAGAUUCUGGAGGUCCACAUUGACAAGGGAAUGAGAGAUGGACAGAAGAUAGUGUUCCAUGGGGAGGGAGACCAAGAGCCAGGUCUUGAGCCAGGUGACAUCAUUAUUGUCCUGGACCUGCAAGAACAUCCACGUUUUACCAGAAAAGGAGACGAUUUGACCAUGUCGAUGGAGUUGCAGCUGGUAGAAGCUUUGUGUGGUUUCCAGAAGCCUGUUCAGACACUUGACAACCGAACCCUCCUUGUCACCUCCCAUCCAGGGGAACUGAUCAAACCCGGCGACACAAAAUGUGUCUGCAAUGAGGGGAUGCCAAUGCAUCGCCGGCCAUUUGAGAAAGGCAGACUCAUUAUUCACUUUUCUGUGGUGUUCCCAAAAGCCAACUUCCUUCCAAAGAACAAACUGAAGGAGUUGGAGAGCUACCUUCCGGUGAAGGUGGACACGGAGCAACCGGAGAGCAUGGACGAUGACCUUUACAUCUACGCCGACCUUGAGGACUGUGACCUCGAGAACAGGAAACGACACAGGCAUCAGCACUACUACAUGGACGAGGAUGACUAUGCCAGCACCGGAGGUGUUCAGUGCCAGACGUCUUAAACAACAACCUUGCAUUCCAAAACCUUCAUCUUCUAAAAUUAAGCGCCUUUUUUUUUUUUUUUUUUAAAUCUAUCUCAUGCACUUUUUUUUUUCUUGUUACUUUUCUCAAUUGUCGAGCUUGAACCACCAAACUGUGUUCGUGAUCAUUUUUGGAUGGCGAUCUGAAGGACUUAGUAGUAGUCUGCUGCAAUGAUAAUGUGACAAAAGGAGAGUGCGAAAUAAGUCUGUGUCCCGGAACAUUCAGCUAUAAAGCCAAUAUAGAAUAACCUUUUAUAGUGUUACUAAUCACUUGCUGUUGUAGACAUCUUGUUAAUGACCUGUUCAAUCCAGUGUGUGUGUGUGUUAAGAUGGAGUGUGCAUACUGACUUGAUUUGAUUACAGUUAUGCUAUUUUACCCUUUUAAAAGGGCUAUUUCCUAAACAGUUCUUAAUCUUGAAAAUGUGACUGACAAAAGUUAAGCAAUUAAACAUUGCUUGAAUCUAAUUUAUCAGCUGGAGUUUUGAUACCGAACUGCGGUGUCAAAUGCUAGCUACCUGCCAUGUCAAUUGUGAUUUAUUUUUUGUCUUUUGUGACUUUGUCAAGAAAGGGGCUGAUUUUACUGUGUGGAAGGGGGCAAACCAUCUUCUCAUGAGCCAAACUGUCUGCUGUUCCAGUAGAGUCUAAGGUUUAGAGUCAAACAUUUAGGCACCUUUUUUGUUUUUUUAACUUAAUCCCCCCGAAGCAUUAUCAUGUUAUAUACUUUAGAGAAUGACAUUUGGAAAUUUAAGUGGCAAUUUGUAACAGAAAGAGCUUACCUGCAAGUUAUUGAUUUUGUCUUAUUGUCAUGUAACUGGUUGUUGUUGACUGUAAAUGCCACGUUGGUAAGCAGAGCUGCAGGUGCGCACCUCUUACCUCAAUAAAUGAUUGUCUUAAA